UGGGUCACUUAUAUUUAAUGUUUUUCUGUAAUAAGAGAGAAAGGGGGAAACAAAGAAAGAGAGAUAGAAGUCAAACAAUGGAGAAGAAUAGGAUAGUGUUAGUUCCGGUUCCAGCACAAGGGCAUAUAACCCCAAUGAUGCAACUUGGAAAAGCACUUUACUUGAAAGGCUUCUCCAUUACAGUUGUUGAGGGACAAUGCAAUCGAGUAAGCUCUCCUUCUCAACACUUCCCUGGUUUUCAAUUUGUUACCAUGCCAGAGAGCUUACCAGAGUCUGAAUUCGAGAGACUUGGGGUAUUCAAUUUUACGUUGGAGAUCAACAAAACAGGUGAGACAAGCUUCAAGGACUGUAUAAGACAACUGUUGCAGGAGCAGGGCAAUGAUAUAUCAUGUAUCAUUUAUGACGAGUUCAUGUACUUCUGUGGAGCUGUAGCUACGGAAUUAAAGCUCCCCAAUGUCAUGUUGUGCACUCAAAGUGCUACAAACCACGCUGCACGCUGUUUUUUUAGCAAACUCAAUGUCGAGAAGUUCUUGGUCAACAUGGAAGAUCCUGACCUACAAGACAAGGUGGUAGAAAAUUUGUAUCCAUUAAGAUAUAAAGAUCUCAUGCCUUCGGGAUAUGGGCCAAUAGAAUCACUUUUAGAGUUUCGUGGGGAAGCAAUCAAGAAAAGAACAGCUUCAGCUGUCAUCUUUAACACGGCGAGAUGUCUAGAGAGCUUCUCUAUGUCAUGGUUGCAACAAGAACUCGGAAUUCCAGUGUACCCUUUAGGCCCUCUUCACAUUACAGCAUCAGCGCCGGGAUCUAGUUUAGCUGAAGAUGACAUGAGUUGCAUUGAAUGGCUGAACAAGAAGAAACCGAGAUCAGUCAUAUACGUAAGCGUGGGAACCAUAUCUCUAAUGGAAUCCAAAGAAGUGUUGGAGAUGGCUUGGGGGUUGUGUAACAGCAACCAACCUUUUUUAUGGGUCAUCCGACCGGGUUCUAUCCUUGGCUUCAGUGGGAUAGAUUCAUUCCCAAAAGAAGUCAGUAAAAUGGUCUCAGAAAGAGGAUACAUAGUGAAACGAGCACCGCAAAUAGAAGUACUAGGACAUCCUGCAGUGGGAGGCUUCUGGAGCCACUGUGGAUGGAACUCGACACUCGAGAGCAUCGUGGAAGGAGUUCCAAUGAUUUGCAGACCUUUUACCAGCGAGCAGAAGAUAAACGCAAUGUAUUUGGAGAGUGUUUGGAAUAUAGGGAUUCAACUUGAAGGUGAAGUUUUAAGAGGAGCUGUCGCGAGAGCUGUGAAGAGAUUGAUUGUAGAUGAAGAAAGUGUAGGGAUGAAGGAGAGAGCCCUCAGUUUGAGAGAGAAGCUUAAAGUCUCUGUAACAGGUGGGGGCUUCUCAUACAGCGCAUUGGAUGAGCUUGUCGAGCACUUGAAGAGAGAGUGAAGAAGUGAAACUUCAUAUAUUAUUAGAGAUCAUUGUAUUGUAUGGAACAAGC